AUGUCUAAUGCGGAUUUAAGACACCAGCUUUUAGAGUUUUUUCAGCUUAAUUAUCAUAAGGAUGUUAAACUAAUUGAUAUUUGUCGUGCUGUUCAACAGCCGAAGAAAGUUGUUAACAGUGUUCUUUAUAAUUUAAGAAGUGAAGGAAUUUUGCAGAAGGUUGUUGAAAGUCCUCCAGUUUGGAGGGUUAAUGAAAAAUUGUAUGACAGGUAUACCCCAACUACUGUUGUUCCAGAUGCUGCAUCUUAUUACACUUUAAAAGAUGAAAGUGCAAUUCCUUGCAUUACCAAAAAUAAUAAUUUCGCUGUAUUAUCGUCUGUGGAAAAUAACAGGUCUGAUCCAAUGUAUGUCAAAGAACAAUUGGUUGCUUACCAUACUGUAGUAAGCAGUACCACAUCGGAAGAAUUCUGUCAGUCAUUUAGUGGUAGACCUCUUGCUGCUCCUCCUAUACCUAUUCAAAAUGCUGGAAACAAUAUAAAUGCUUCUGCUUAUCUUUCAAAACCUGCUGAAGCAGUUUUGAAUAUCUUGCACAAGCAAAAAGGUCCUUUGUCUUGCAAAGCUUUGUGCAGUCUGCUAGGUUUUCCAGAAGCAAUUGUGAAAAUGGCUCUGCAGCAUUUAAUAUCUUUAGGACUAGUAUUCCAAGACAAUUAUUCCAUGUUUUGCACAGUUGUCAAUAAAAGCAAUGCAAUACCUCAAGAUGACAUUGUAUUGCGCAUUAUAAAUUACUUGAAACGUGCUCAAACCGCCAUACACACUAAGGACCUUGUCAAAGGGGUUGGACUGAAUAAUAAGAAGGAAAUUAAUCCUUUACUUUAUAAACUGCAACAGAAAGGAGUUGUUACAAAAGUUAAUGAAUCUCCUCCUAUGUGGCAGCUCGGAGAACAAAUGGUCAAUAAUAUUGUUGAUAAAUCAGUGAAACAGACUGAAAUAAAUUUCAAGAGAGAAGAGCAGACAUUCAUGCAUAAUUCUUUGCCAAAUUGUGUUUCCAAAGAAAUUGAAUAUACAAAGCCUUUGACUCCAUUAGGUGGCAGGCAAAAGUACAAAAAUGGAGUAAAAGGCUUGUUGCCAAAUAAUAUGUCAUCGUAUGAGGAUUCAAGCUCUGCCAUCGAAACACCCACCGAAGUGAACGCGAAUAACGCGUACGCUGAGCCAAAUAGGUCUCACAUUAAAAGUGAAUUUCCAGAUAAUCUAAUAAAAAAGAACUAUCAAGAUGGAAAUGGAAUGGAAAAUUCAACAUCUUUACCAUUAUCUCCAGACUUGAUGAACUUAAUGAGCUCCUUACAGUCGCCAAAUGUUGGUAAAAACAUCGAAUCAUGCAAGAUCCCUUCCAACUCAUCCAAAAGUGCUGCAUCAGAUGCUGAAGGCCAGCACGUGAAUGGGCGUUCCAUGGGAUCUCGCAAUGGGAGGCAAAAUAAUGAAGCUUCCGGAAAUUCAUCUCGUAAAGCUGCUGCUGCAGCCAAAGCUGCAGCUACUAAUAAACUCCCUGAGCCAAAUUCUGCUGCUCAUUAUGUGAAUGAUGUGCUCAACAGUGACAGUUUUGCUGCACUAAUGAAAAAUCCUGUUAGUGCACUGUAUGAAUAUGGUCAAAGGAAUCAUAUUGAUACUAAAGUUGAGAUUGUUUUAUCUGAAGGACCACCUCAUAAUCCAAGGUUCAAAGCAGUCGCUUAUAUGGGAGAUGAAGAAUUAUCUACAGCUUGGGACAAAACUAAAAAAGACGCUCGCAGACAGGCAGCUGAACUGGCUGUGAGGGGUCUGGUGGCUAAUGGAGGAUUUGGAAAAUUCAGCUCACUUGCUACUAGUCCAGAAACUGUAAAUGAACUUCCACCUGUUGUAAGCCAAUUUGACAUGAUUGCUGCUCUUAGUCAUAAAACAUUCAACGAACGAGUAUUACAAGUUCCUGAAUAUAUGGGUGGUCGGAAAGUACUUGCUGCUCUAGUCAUGAAAAAAGGUGGAACCGAUUCCAGGGGAACUGUGAUAUGCUUAGGAACUGGUAUGUAACUGCCUCCUUAAAAUUGAUCUCUACAUUUUAAAAAUGUCCGGAAUCGUUGCAUCACUGGAGAAGGUCUCAGUCAGGAUGGGUUGGUUGUUAAUGAUUCCCAUGCUGAAGUCAUUACCAGACGGGGAUUUUUGAGGUUUCUGUAUAAACAGUUGAAAACUUUUGAUGUUGGCAAAGAACAUUCCAUGUUUGAAACAAUUGAAGAUGGAAGACUUCAAAUUCGACCUGAUGUUACAUUCCAUUUAUAUAUAUCAACUGCACCAUGUGGAGAUGGAGCUCUAUUUACGCAUAAUUUAAAACCAGGCGAAAAAGUAGAGCCUCCUGAUGAUAACGAUGGGCAGCAUCAUCCUGUAUUCACUAAAAGCUUGCAAGGACUUCUGCGCUCCAAAAUGGAAGCUGGGGAAGGAACAAUUCCAAUUGAUACUGAGUACAGGUACCAAAGUUGGGAUGCCAUUCUCAGAGGCGAAAAGCUUCGUACUAUGUCCUGUAGUGAUAAAAUUGCUCGUUGGAAUGUUUUAGGACUUCAGGGAGCACUUCUGAGUCACAUCAUGAAACCUGUGUACUUAAGUUCUGUAACGCUUGGUAAUCUAUAUCAUCAUGGCCAUCUGUCUCGAGCGGUUUGCUGUAGGCUUGUCGGAGAACCAGAUUUGAAUGAGCUCCUUCCAGAAGGGUACCGCUUGAACCAUCCGGAUUUGGGCAGAGUGAUCGUGUGCACGCCUUCGCGUGAGACCGAGAAAACCAAGCCCCACAGCAUCAAUUGGUGUCACGAGGAUGAACGACCGGAGUUGACAAGCGGUGUCAAUGGUACCUCUGAUGAAAGGGCUGGUGGUCAGUUACAAUCACGUUUGUGCAAGGCAGUAUUAUUCCAGAGUUUUAAGGAGAUAGCUGCCAAAUUUGGUGUUGAACAUCUCUCUAACCUUACCUACGGCGAAGCGAAAAGAGCAGCCAAGGAUUUUCAAGCAGCUAAGGAGGUGCUAUUCAACCGAUUUCAGCAGUUAGGGCGAGGCACCUGGAUUCGCAAACCAGAGGAGGAAGAAGAGUUUGUGUGAAAUUCUAUUUAGCUUCAAUUCCUGUUAAUGGUUAUACCUUAAAAAUUAGUCUUAAAAAUUUAAUCAUUCAUAGGCUUGUUAUGCAUAUAUAACAUAAAUAAAAAUAUAGCUUUUAUAGUUUAAUCUAUAAAAGAAGCAUGAAUCUUAAAAAUGGUAUAAAUUUUCUCAAGUCAUGGUUUAAAAGUUUCUGAUAAAGCACAUAUUUGUGCCAUAUAUUAAACAGUGUUAUGUUUUAAUGCAGAAUUUUUAGAUAGAAAUAUUAGUCUUACUUUGUGUUCAAAAGUAAAUUUUAGAAACUGUGGCCAAAACUGAACGGAAAUAGCAAGCUCAAGUUUUCUAAUAAUUAACCUUAUAGCUUAAUAGAUUUCAAGUUUCUGCACUUCUACUUAACCAGUGAAAAGUCUCAUUCUUAUUUAAACCUAUCAAGAAUCUUGCUAUUUAGCUAUAUGUAAAACAUGAAUCUUAACCUGCUAUAUGCAAUCUUUAAACUAAUUACUUUGUUAGGUAGCAUGUAGGAUUCUGAUGUUAUCUUCCUUAGGUAACUUUGCCCUUUGAGGUUCAUCUACUUAUUCUGUCACAUUGUGUAAUUGAUGGAUUAUGAAAGGUUGCUUUUAUAUAAUUUACCUUUGAUCCUCAGUUUGAUGUUUUUCUCUUAAGUAUUGAAUCAGGCAUGGCGAAAAUUAAACCAAUCAAAAAUCUUGAAUCCAAGCAGUUGGCAUAAAUUAAACGCAAUUUUGUUGACUAACAAAAAAAAAAUCCGAUUCAAUAUUUUAAAACGGAACAUCACACGAAUGCUUGAAAUGCUUAACAGUACUGAGAACAAGUUGUCAGCAUAAACUCAUGUUACUCCUGAAUUUCAGUCCAGAAAUAUGCGAGGUUUUAUGCAUUAAACUGUGAUAAAAUAACAAUGAAAUCGGCAUUUUAAGCUUUGUCAAUAUGGUAAUGCCAAAGUUUCCUAAUUAAAAAAAAUCAGGAAGAUUUAAAUUCUUGUACAUCCAUGUUGACGAAGAAAUAUGAUGUGCGUGUGUAGUGUGCAAACUUGUCAAAGUGGAUACUCAUGUUUAUUGUUGUUUUCUGUGACUUAAAUGUUUUUCUGUAAAAUUAGAAAUGCUUUUGAAAAUGUAAAUAGUCAAAUGUGUCUGUUCUUGUACUGUCAAGUGUAUGUCUAAAAUAUAUAAGAAAUCAGUGCAGCUUGCAGUUGUGGUAGUUUCUACCAAUGAGUGUGAGGUAGGGAUUUUAAGAAGAAAAAUCCUUGUAAGGUAUUGAAUUUUUUCUGAAAUUCCAUUACAAAGAGAUUUUAUGGUGCACUCGCAACUGCCAAAAUCCCUUUCUGUUAUGGCUGAGUAUUCACUGUUAAAUGUUAAAACUAACAUUUAACUGUGAUAAUCAUCAUUUCCAUACCACAAAUAUGGUAGGCUUCAAAUAUAUCAUAUAUUGUUUUAUUUUUAUGUUAAGAAAGUUUUUACGGUAGAAAUCAUCCUCAAUCAUUUCAAAUUGUUUAUUAGUUAGUCAUAUCUUUUUAAUCGAAAGUAGAUAUCGUACGUAAUUUCUUGCUGUAACAGUUAGUGAUUAAACUCAUGUAGUCACUAAAGUUUCAAGAAAAGAAAAUGAUAAUAUUUGCAACGUCCUCGAAAUAUUAUUCCAUCCUAUAUUAUGGAGUCAUUAUGUAUUGUAAAUAGUUCUAUUGUUCCUUUUGUUGUUGUUGUUAUUUUGUCUUAAGUUUUUUAUUUAUUUUUGGUGUUAAACAAGCAGAAUCUCAUUAUGAUAGUCAUAAGCCUUGUGUCCAUAAAACCACUUAUUUUGUUUAAAGUAUAUUAUUCUUUAUUUUGAAGAAGAAAAAAAAAGAGUAUUUUAUAGUCACUUUAGGGAAAAUUUUAUUUUUGCUUUUUAAAUUUUCUUAUGCGCUUACUACUCUUAUCUUUGUGAUUAUCUCGAUGAAAUGUAACCUCAGCCAUAGAGGGGAGUUCUCUGUGUUUGUUAUUCAUGUUGCAUUUUCAAUUGGACUCAUUUUAUUUUUUCAGAAUGAGCAUAAUGAAACUGGCUUUCACUGACAUUUUUGAAUUUGUUAUCUACAUUUACUUUUUACAUGUUUUUAACGCACAGUUUUAGUGAAAUUCGGAGAAUUUUUCCUCUUGUAACUAUAUUUUAUGUUAAAUUUUAUUUCUUAGUUUAUUUUCUAAUUUUUUGCCAAAUGUUUUUUAAUUUGUUUUUAUUAUGGAAGAAAAGAAUAAAGUAUAUAAGAAUCACAUGUACAUGUAAGUCUUUAAACUUGUGAAUUCAAUCAUAAAAUUUUUAUCAUAUUCCACUUAAAUUUUUCCUACUUCCAACCAAAAUCUAUGGCAUAUCUUGGCAGUCCCAUUGCAAUAAAAUUACUAUAUUUAAUUUUCCUUUGAAAACUUUUAUUUUCUCUUGAUUAUUAUUAUUAUCACCAUUACUAUAUUUUUAUCUAUUAUCUAAAAUUCAAUAAUGCCCAACAAUUUAUCUUAAUGUUGGGAUAUAAUAACUUAUUUUAGUGUUUGUCCUGUUCCUUAAUAUGUACCUCUGUUAGUAAAUAAUGGAGCUCUCAUAGUUUUCAAAAAUACUGUUGUAGAUAAUAAAUACAAUUGCCUAACAAAGUUGCAUCAUAGUUUACUGUAGCAAGUUUUGUAGAAUUUUUUUUAAUAAAAAAAUAC